AGGAAAGGGACUUCUCUAUUACACUGCUUCCCUGUGUCUAAGGCUUAGAUCAUCAAGAACCUCAUCCCACCAGCCCCACCUGGUCCUCUGAGGAGCUCCUUAAUCUCCUUCAGCCUCCUCCGUCCCCUCGUCCACCUCUAAGGCAGCAGUCAUGAACUGGUCUGCUUUGGAGGCCCUCCUCAGCGGGGUUAACAAGUACUCCACCGUGUUCGGCCGCGUGUGGCUCUCCAUGGUCUUCGUCUUCCGGGUGAUGGUGUUCGUGGUGGCGGCCCAGCGGGUGUGGGGCGACGAGAGCAAGGACUUUGUUUGCAACACGGCCCAGCCGGGCUGCAACAACGUGUGCUACGACCACAUCUUCCCCAUCUCCCACAUCCGCCUGUGGGCCCUGCAGCUCAUCUUCGUCACCUGCCCGUCGCUAAUGGUGGUCGGGCACGUCAAAUAUCGCGAGAAGAAGGACAUGCGGUACACCAACUCUCACAAGGGCGCCCAUCUGUAUGCCAACCCCGGGAAGAAACGCGGGGGCCUGUGGUGGACGUACCUGGUGAGUCUGAUUUUCAAGGCAGGCUUCGAUGCUGGCUUCCUCUACAUCCUCUACCACGUCUACGAAGGCUACGACAUGCCCCGCCUGUCCAAGUGCUCCCUGGAGCCCUGCCCCAACACGGUGGACUGCUACAUAUCCCGUCCCACUGAGAAGAAGAUCUUCACCAUCUUCAUGGUGGUCUCCUCUGCUCUCUGCAUCCUAAUGUGCAUCUGCGAGAUGGUCUACCUCAUCUGCAAACGCAUCCAGAAACUCGUAAUGAGGAAGAACGAGUCACAGAGGAGGCUGUUCGCCGAGAAUCACGAGAUGACACCGCUGGCUGCUCCCAGGUCAGAGUUCAGGUCCAAAAUAUCGAUGAGAGUGGAUCCUACGGCCUCUAUCCAAAAUCUCAGUAACAUCAAGAUGGAGGAGGUUCCGUCUAAGAAAAAAUGAUGCACAAUAUGGAAGCGGCCAUGUUGACAAACUGCACAAAGAACUGAAGGGGCCACUGCAAGCAAAUCGAUUCAUCAGCCUCCACGAGGAACUGCUGCUCAACACAAAGAGAUAUCCAUCAAUUCAGGGAGUUAUGAGGCAGCGUUUUGUAAAUAGUAUGCACACCUUAUGCAUGCAUAUUAACCCCUCAAAAAGGAAGAUUACAGAGGAAGUUAAAGGGUUUGGAAUAGUUUAUGGAAAUUGGUGUGUGCGUGUGUGUGAGAGAAACAUAGAGUAAAGGUGUGGAUGUGAGCAUGUGCGUAUUUUAGUUUUUUUUUUAUGUAUUGUUUGCCAGUAGUACAGUGUGUUUAAGCUUAUUUCAGGUUUGUACUCUGUGUAAAUUAAAGUAUACAAAUAUUCUAAGACCCAAAGUGAUGUAAAUACAGCAUUUAGAGCGAACCCUGUCCCUGAGCAUACACACUGCCCCCUAGUGUACAAAACAAAAUAAAGCACUUCCGUUAGGGGUGACACAGUAAUCGGCAAAAAUCCCCUGAAGGGUUUUUGUUCGAGGAUAUUCAAUAUGAAGAAAAUGAUCUUUAUUGCUCAAGAGGUACUUUGACUCCUGUUGGUAUUUUGUGUUCUCAUGCUAUUCAAUCUUAAUUGUUCAUUAAUGAAUGUGUGAUACUUAUGAACACAUUGAAAAAUUAUACAAAAAUAUGUUUUUAUACCCACAAAAUUGGUUACUCUUUGAAAUUGAAU